AGAUGGGCUCGUUGCCGGAUUCCCAACGGCCAGAUCUGCCGCAGUGCAUGGAAGGAGAUCCCAAAUGAUGUAACACGUAUCUCUCGGAAUGUUAAGUUCAAGACGGGAUCACAAGUAUCCUACGGCGAGGUCUUAUAUUAUUUCCAAGUCAACACUGACAAAGGGCGUAAAUCACUCGCCCUUGUCUCUCAGUACGAGGCGCCAGAUCGUACCUUGUUAAGUGCAUCUUCGGGAGUCUUAUGGGUCUGUCGCAAGGGCGGUGAUGACGCACUAACUGUAAUCAAUGUCACUGACAUCAUUCAAUGUUCGGCACUCAUACCGUUUACAUCUCCUGGC